AUGAACGCCGCCAUGGCGACUGACCGAUGUCUUGAUUCGACCUCGGCCUUGAGCCGCGGUCUGGAACAGGAAGCUCAAGAUUGGUCGAAGCUGUCCAUCAGUGAUGAUGAGUUGCUCGACCCUUUCUUCCAAGCAGGCAACGUCGAUGAACCACCAGCCAACAGUUUUGAUGAACUGUUUCAAGAUUAUAUCGAGUUGAAUGAAGGGAACCAAUCGUUCCCCCAAGUCAGUGCCGCAGAGGUAUUGACUGAGAGUUGCAGUCUGGCAGCUCACGUCUACUCGGUGUCGAACGUGGCAAACAAUGCCUUCUAUGAAGUGGAUCCUGACUUGAAUAGAGUGCACAGCCCGUUACCCCAGGUCGACACUAGCUUCGAGGCAGCGAACGAUCAAUUCUCCCAAUUCGAUACGGCCUUCACAGCACUCAGCAGGUGCUCAGACACUUCUGCGUCCGACCAUCACUUCCACGAAAGUUUCUCCAGACUUGACUCCGUCCCUGAGGACAAUGUUGCUUCGCUUCCUGCCUCCACCUGCGAAGGCCCGUCGCCCGGGAUUCCCUUCUCUUGGGAAAGCAACACAAUCCCCUCCACGGCUGCAACCUCCCUAGGCGAAUGGGACACAAUUCCUGCCGAAGCCCCUCAGACGGAGGUGGCGUGUCUACCACAAUUGGGAAACAGUUUCCCAACUGUUGGUCGUUGUCCGAUGAGCAGCUCCGCACCUGGGCCCAUAUACACACCGAGUUUUGAUAUCCGGGACAUUUUAGCCUCUCAAUUGAUUGGGAUUAACGAGAAGAGGUUACAAAGACCAAAGUCCACGGCUCCUGGUAUUUCCGAGGAAGCUCCACUACGGCCUAUACCCGUCUCGCAGAAGAGAUCAAUAGCUCCGGGAAUCGGGAUGUCUUCCGCCAACAUCACCCAAAAAUCUCAGUCGGAACUCAGCGCGGUACACGGAAUCAAUAUAUCCCAGCCAAAUCGACGAUCAAGUUGUAACACAAACAUGAGACGCCGCCAACGGCAGGCAUCACUGGUACCAACCGGCUCAUCCAGUUUGCCAUAUACCUUACCAAACUCCUCACAUAACUCAGCCGCCGAAACCAGACUCUCCAAAAGCAGCCUAGCCAAUCCCUCACACACAUCCACACCCCUCAACAUUAUCCAAUACCAACCACGUCCAGGGACUACUACAUUGGCACCUUCAUCAGCACCCGCCAACACAGGCAGUCAACCAAAAGGCCGAAUUGGACCCCUGAAGUUAGAACAACGACGAGAGGCCGCUGAGAUGCGGAAGAUCGGAGCUUGUACGAAUUGCCGACAGAGGAAAGCGAAGUGUGAUUCCGGAACACCUUGUCAGUCGUGUUUGAAACGACUGGGAUUUGCGCUGUUGGAGAUUCAUCCUUGCGUGCAUGUUCGUCCUCCAAUGUCGCCGUCGGUAAAGUCGUCGCCGUUCCUUGCGAGCUUGGAUGGACGGCUGGACGAUAUAAGAUUGGAACCUUCGACUCCGUUAGAAGAGGUAAACAUAUGA